AUGGCAGAAGAUGAAUAUUUACUUGAUAUGGACUUCCCAUUGGGAAACCAUAUAGGGACCUCUUCAAGUUCUAAUCACUCUAGUGAAAGAAAGGAGAAGAAGAAGCCAUGGAACCAACAACAACAGGGAGCCCUCAUGAAUAAGAAGCAAAAUCCAGAUAUCGGUGGUGAAAAUGAGAAGAAAAUUAUUGCUAGUGGUGAAGGGACAUGUCUGGAAAUAAAUAAUGAAAUGCAUCCAUCGAUUGAAAGAGAAAGACGAAAGAAAAUGAAAGAAAUGUUUGAGGAUCUUAGUGGUUUACUCCCACAACUUCCUUCCAAGGUUGAUAAAGCAACCAUAAUCAAUGAAGCAGUGAACCACAUAAAAGUUCUGCAGGAAACCCUGGAAAAGCUAGAGAGAAAGAAGCAAGAAAGGGCACAAGAUGGUCUGAAACAGAUUAUGGGAACCACAACUUCAGGUGCAGUUUCAGUGUCUGGGAAGCAGAAAGUAGCUUUUGAGAAAACCUGGGCUGCUUCAAACAUGGUGCUCAACAUUCGUGGAAAUGAAGCUCAGUUCUCCAUUUGCUCGGUUCAUAAGCCAGGACUCAUGACAAACAUUGCUUCUGUGCUGGAGAAGCACAACAUAGAACUCAUAUCUGCCACCAUUUCAGCCAAUGGAAUUGGAAAUACAUGCAUGAUUCAAGUCCAUGGAAAACAAGCUUGUGAUGGAAAUUCAAGCGAGGAAACUUACAGGAAAGCUGCUGAAGAGAUUAUGCCAUGGAUUGCCUAA